GUGCCGGGCGGGCUCUCACGGAAGUCCAUGCGCCAUUGGGAGGGCCGCGGUGGCUUCACGGUGUCCUUGUUGCCCAGGGCCCUUUCCUGGGUUAUUCCUGGAGCAGGAGCCGGACUGGGACUGACACCCGGCUCCCGCGUGGCCGUCUCAGCGCCGGUGCGACCUCCUCGCUGGAGGGAUGUGGCGUCUACGCCGGGCCGCCGUGGCCUGUGAAGUCUGCCAAUCCUUAGUAAGACAUAGCUCUGGAAUAAAAGGAAGCCUGCCACUACAAAAAGUGCAUCUGAUUUCACGAAGUAUUUACCAUUCACAUCAUCCUACUUCAAAGCUUCAAAGAACCCAAUUCAGGACAUCAUUUCAUCAGUUUUCCUCUCUAUCUAACCAUCCUUUACGUAAAUUGAAACUUUCUCCCAUUAAAUAUGGCUACCAGCCCCGCAGGAAUUUUUGGCCAGCAAGAUUAGCUGCAAGACUCUUAAAACUUCGAUAUCUCGUACUGGGAUCUGCUGUUGGGGGUGGUUAUACAGCCAAAAAGACUUUUGAUCAGUGGAAAGAUAUGAUACCAGACCUUAGUGACUAUAAAUGGAUUGUGCCUGACAUUGUUUGGGAAAUUGAUGAUUAUAUCGAUAUAGAGAAAAUUAUAAAAUCCCUGCCUAAUUCAGAGGACCUUGCAAAGUUGGCUCCUGACUUUGACAAGAUUGUUGAAAGCCUCAGCCUAUUGAAGGACUUUUUCACCACAGGUCACAAAUUGGUUAGUGAAAUCAUAGGAGCUUCUGACCUACUUCUCUUGUUAGGUUCAUCUGGAGAAACCACAUUUAGAGCAACAGAUCAUGGACCUGAAAGUGACAAGCAUUAUAGAAAGGGUCUGCUUGGUGAGCUCAUUCUCUUACAACAGCAAAUUCAAGAACAUGAAGAGGAAGCACGCAGAGCUGCUGGCCAAUAUAGCACGAGCUAUGCCCAACAGAAGCGCAAGGUGACAGACAAAGAGAAAAUUGACCAACUUCAAGAAGAACUUCUACAUACCCAGUUAAAGUACCAGAGAAUCUUGGAACGGUUGGAAAAGGAGAACAAAGAACUGAGAAAAUUAUUGUUGCAGAAAGAUGACAAAGGCAUCCAUCAUAGAAAGCUUAAGAAAUCUUUGAUUGACAUGUAUUCUGAAGUUCUUGAUGUUCUAUCUGAUUAUGAUGCCAGUUAUAAUACACAAGAUCAUUUGCCAAGGGUUGUUGUAGUUGGAGAUCAGAGUGCUGGGAAAACUAGUGUGUUGGAAAUGAUUGCUCAAGCACGAAUAUUCCCACGAGGAUCUGGGGAGAUGAUGACACGCUCUCCAGUUAAGGUGACACUGAGUGAAGGUCCUCACCACGUAGCAUUGUUUAAAGAUAGUUCUCGAGAGUUUGAUCUUACCAAGGAGGAAGAUCUUGCAGCAUUAAGACAUGAAAUAGAACUACGAAUGAGGAAAAAUGUGAAAGAAGGCUGUACUGUUAGCCCUGAGACCAUAUCCUUAAAUGUAAAAGGCCCUGGACUGCAGAGGAUGGUGCUUGUUGACUUACCAGGUGUGAUUAAUACUGUGACAUCAGGCAUGGCUCCUGACACAAAGGAAACUAUUUUCAGUAUGAGCAAAGCUUAUAUGCAGAAUCCUAAUGCCAUCAUCCUAUGCAUUCAAGAUGGAUCUGUGGAUGCCGAACGCAGCAUUGUUACAGACUUGGUCAGUCAAAUGGAUCCUCAUGGAAGAAGGACGAUAUUUGUUUUGACCAAAGUAGACCUGGCAGAGAAAAAUGUGGCUAGCCCAAGCAGGAUUCAGCAGAUAAUUGAAGGAAAACUCUUCCCAAUGAAAGCUCUAGGUUAUUUUGCUGUUGUAACAGGAAAAGGAAACAGCUCCGAAAGCAUAGAAGCAAUAAGAGAAUAUGAAGAAGAAUUUUUUCAGAAUUCAAAACUCCUAAAGGCCAGCAUGCUAAAGGCACACCAGGUGACUACAAGGAAUUUAAGCCUUGCUGUAUCGGACUGCUUCUGGAAAAUGGUACGAGAGUCAGUUGAACAACAGGCUGAUAGUUUUAAAGCAACACGUUUCAACCUUGAAACUGAGUGGAAGAAUAACUAUCCUCGCCUGCGAGAACUUGACCGGAAUGAACUAUUUGAAAAGGCUAAAAAUGAAAUCCUCGAUGAAGUUAUCAGUCUGAGUCAGGUUACGCCAAAACAUUGGGAGGAAAUCCUUCAGCAGUCUUUGUGGGAAAGAGUAUCAACUCAUGUGAUUGAAAACAUCUAUCUUCCAGCUGCACAGACCAUGAAUUCAGGGACUUUUAAUACCACAGUGGACAUCAAGCUCAAACAGUGGACUGAUAAACAGCUUCCUAAUAAAGCAGUAGAGGUUGCUUGGGAGACACUACAAGAAGAAUUUUCCCGCUUCAUGACAGAACCAAAAGGAAAAGAGCAUGAUGACAUAUUUGAUAAACUGAAAGAGGCUGUUAAGGAAGAAAGUAUCAAACGCCACAAGUGGAAUGACUUUGCAGAGGACAGUUUGAGGGUUAUUCAACAUAACGCUUUAGAAGACCGGUCCAUAUCUGAUAAACAGCAGUGGGACGCAGCUAUUUACUUCAUGGAAGAGGCUCUUCAGGCUCGUCUCAAGGACACUGAAAAUGCAAUUGAAAAUAUGGUGGGUCCAGAUUGGAAAAAGAGGUGGCUGUACUGGAAGAAUCGGACCCAAGAACAGUGUGUUCACAACGAAACCAAGAGUGAAUUGGAGAAGAUGUUGAAAUGUAAUGAGGAACACCCAGCCUAUCUUGCAAGUGAUGAGAUAACUACAGUCCGAAAGAACCUCGAAUCCCGAGGAGUAGAAGUAGAUCCAAGCUUGAUUAAGGACACUUGGCACCAAGUUUAUAGAAGACAUUUCUUAAAAACAGCUCUAAACCACUGUAACCUGUGUCGAAGAGGCUUUUAUUAUUAUCAAAGGCAUUUUGUAGAUUCUGAGUUGGAAUGCAAUGAUGUUGUCCUAUUUUGGCGAAUACAACGCAUGCUUGCAAUCACGGCAAAUACUUUAAGACAACAACUUACAAACACUGAAGUCAGACGAUUAGAGAAAAAUGUUAAAGAAGUACUGGAAGAUUUUGCUGAAGAUGGUGAGAAGAAGGUUAAGUUGCUCACUGGUAAACGAGUCCAACUGGCUGAAGACCUCAAGAAAGUUAGAGAAAUUCAAGAAAAACUUGAUGCUUUCAUUGAAGCUCUCCAUCAGGAGAAGUGAAUUGUAAUAAAACCCUACUUAUUAUAUCAUCACCUUGGCAUAUAUGAAGAAAGAAAACUCCAAAGUCUUUUUCCUGCCUUUUUUCCUUCUGCUAUCCCACCUUUCCAAACAUAAAAUAAAGUCAUGGGGUAAAAAUCAUUCAUGUGUGUUAGAGGCACCUAAACCACCAGCUGCCUUUUGAACAGAAGAGAAGGUUAAAUGGCAUUAGCGUCCUAUUUUAUUGUAUUGAAGUGACAAAUUGGGGUAAUGUAAGUGGUAUGACCAUUAGGUUCAGUCCUUAAAGAUAAGAAACUUGCUCUCCUGCCUGUUGUCUCAUUUGUGAUGGCACUAGUUCAACUAAUUCAUUAGCUGAUGUUACUCCACGUCAGUUUCUUUCCCAGAAAAAGAAUGCUAGGUGUUUUAAAUAAAACUUAUAGAAAUUUUCUAAAAGCUAUCAACUGUAUAUAAAAUGAUGGUAACCCGCUAAGUUGUCUGUAUCUGUAAUGUUCUAUAUCCAGAAACUCUUUGACCACAAUAAUUCAGUUUAUAUUUGUCACAUGGAAGAAAACUAACAAGAGAGCCCCUCAAGUCAGGUGAUUUGGAUUAUAAUUCCAUGAACAUUCAGUGAAAGAUUUCAACUCUGCCUUGACAGUUUAGAGCAGUGGUUCUCAACCUUGGCUGAACAUUAGAAUCACCUGGGAAUCUUUUUAAAAUCCUGAUUUCUGGGCCUCAUCCUCCGGAAAUUGCUUCUUUGUUACUAAUGUUGUGGCCCUACCCCAUAACAAAGAAACAGAAUUUCCGGAGGAUGAGGCCCAGAAAUCAGGAUUUUAAAAAGAUUCCCAGGUGAUUCUAAUGUGCAGCCAAGGUUGAGAACCACUGGUUUAGAGAGCUGCCUGGGAAGCCCAGGCACUAGCAGCUUACCUAUUUGAUUCAGCUGAUGUUUUUGUACUCUCUGUAUCUAUUUGAAAUCCAUUCAUUUUGGAUGCUGUAUACUUAAGCUAGGCUUUCUGUUAACAGUGGGGUUUUUUUUACCUGUUGACAGAGCUAUUGGGUUGUGACACAGGAUAGGGAAGAUUAAGAAUAAUCAGUUGACUAAUUACAUUUAGACUAUUGUCAAACAUUUCACCUAGGCAUCAGUAAAAGGCCUUCUUUCAGCUGACUAUUUUAAAUAGAAAUUAUUUCAACAAUUAGAAUAAUGUUGACCAUCUCCCUCUUAACUGAACAUUUAAAGGAAAAUAUAAAAUUUAAUUUAUUGCAAUUCAAUUACAAUAACACCCUCACAGCAUUUUCAUGUUUUAUAAGUAUUUCUUAUUGGCUAAAGAGCUUUAAAGCAAAGAAAUAAGCCAUUUUUUAUUUAAAGUGUCUUUCUCAUUUAACUCUGCUCUUUGCUGCCAUCUCAUUACCUUUAUUAUUCUAAUAAAAAGGCCCGUUGUGUGACAGUUUUUAUUUUACAGUGUACUUAAUUUUACAGUUUUUGGGGAAUUAUGUUUUGGUAACAGUUCCUUGCCACCCAGCAUUUUUUUUUAAAUUUAGCAUCAAUACGUCCUUCAUCGUGAUCUCUCUUAAGAUCUGAUACUUAAUAUGUAAGUUUGAAGGAUAAUCACAAAGGACAGAAAUGUAGAGUCCAAUGAACACUUGUUUUAUACUGUUUCCUGAGUGUGGCAGACCCAGCUUUCAGCAGCUGGCAGCAUGUGCAUUGUUAUUUGGUAGGGGAGUGGUCAGGAACAUUUCCUGUCUUAGAUUUAGGGGUCCUGGGUGAAAGGGAAGGGGGCUCCCUGUGAGAUGACCUUCCUAGUUAACUUCCUCCAACUAGUGCUGGCCAGUAGGUAAACCCCGCAUUGAAGCUGACAUCAUGCAAUUAUUAAUUCUUUUGUAGUUGUACAAGAACUUUACAACUGCAAAUCUAUUUCUGAAUCAAAAAUAGGACCAUAUUUAUUUCUAGAUAGGAAAAAAUGCCCUCAUUUGCAUUUCCACUGAUUUCUCCCAAGAAAAAGUCUGAUGUUAAGUAAGUAUUUUUAGCCCAUCCCCUUGUAUAAAUUUAAGAAAGGGGGUAGGGUGACCUUAUUUCUUUGAGAUCAGUAUUUGUAAUUUAAAUAUAUAAAUAGAUGAUAAAAAUGAAUAUUAUUAAAAAUCCCAUAUAGGAGUCCAGACAUUUUUCCAUCCUCCUCAGUAAUAUGACAUAUCUCAUGGAUAAUAUAUUUUCUUUUUUGCUGAUCUCAUCAUACUAAGCAUGCUUUUUUUUUUUUUUGGAAGCUAGGUACUUAUUAAAAGCAGAUGUUAAUAAGAAAAUAAAAUUAUGAUUCUCAACAGUAAAUCCUCUGUGUUGUGUCUGUAGUUCAAAAAUUACAAAUGAUUCCGAUUUAAACAAAUCACUUCAGAAAUCAAAUGUACAGAAGUUAAAUUCCAACUAGACUAGGAAUUAUUUGUUUUUCAUGUCGGGAUUUGCCGGAAAAUAGCAUGAACAAAGCUGUGUAUGGAAGACUGAACAACUGGAAAUAAAUUAUAUCUAAAAUGUACUCAGUCAGGGUCUCGAUUUAAACAGUCAGCCUGGAGGCAGUGCACAGUGGGAAACAGGUUCUUGUGCUUUGUGGCUGAACCGUCUGAGCUGUACUUGUAGGUGGAGCAAUCGCCCUUUUUUAGUAGCUUAAUUGUCUGCUCUCUGUAUUAUCCCCGUUUUCCAGCCUUUGCUCCAACAGACUCCUUCCCACAACAGCCUCCAAAUGCAAAUGAAUAGAGUAAAAGUGAGUAGGGAACUUUGCAGAGAGUGGAGCUUCCUAACCUUAAGACUUGGGAACUUUACAUAGGAUAACACUCAGGAUGUAGCUUUAAAAGAUAAAUCCCUUAUUUAGUUAAAUCAUUUUAUAUUUAUUUAUUUUAGAUUGAUUUGUGUGUGUAAAGAAAUAUGGUAUUUUAGUUUUCCAGUAAAGGGGAUCAAAGUAAUGCUUUUUAUCUCAGUUCUCCAGGCUGAGUAUAAGCUAUAGUCUCGGGCCCUUUAGCCGCAUGGAAAUGUGCUUGCAAAUAUGCUUACCUUUUGAACAAUCAUGACUAUGUUUAAAUUCUUAAAACAACCUUGUUUUUACUUGUCACUGUGAGUGAACUUUGUAUUUUUUUUAAAACCUUCAUACUACAUGUAGAUGUUAUUGCAACUUAUCUUUUGCCUGUGCCUGUGGCUUUCACCCACAAAUGCUGUAUGUUGUACCUAUUUGAAGGUCAUUUGUGUAGAUUAGUAAUUAAAGAUCUUAUCCAAAGA